UUCUCAUCAUUGCUCUGUCAGAUACAACUGUGUCCUCGUAGUGGAGAAAUCCAGAUCCCAGCAGCAUCAACAGCCAUGGAGAGGCUUCUGUGCUACUUACUGAUCUUGAUCAGCUUCUCUCAGGCCUUUGUCCAGAAAGACAUGUCUAAAACGGCCUUCGUAUUUCCCAAAGAGUCAGCCAAUUCCUAUGUAUCCCUGGAUGCACUGUCAAAGAAACCACUGACAGCCUUCACUGUGUGUCUCCAUAUCUACACAGAUAAGAGCACAACCCGCAGCUUCAGUAUUUUCUCUUAUGCUACCAAGAAAGACUCUAAUGACAUUCUCAUAUUUUGGAGUAAGGAUAGAGGGUAUAUUUUUGGAGUGGGUGGGCCUGAAAUAGUGUUCAAGGCUUCUGAAAUUCCUGAAUCUCCAACACACAUCUGUGCCAGCUGGGAGUCUGCUAUGGGGCUUGUAGAAUUCUGGGUUGAUGGGAAACCCAAGGUGCGGAAAAGUCUUCAAAAGGGCUACACUGUGGCGACAGAUGCAAGCAUCAUCCUGGGGCAAGAGCAGGACUCAUAUGGUGGUAGUUUUGAUAUAAACCAGUCUUUUGUGGGAGACAUCGGAGAUGUGAACAUGUGGGACACUGUGCUAUCUCCAGAACAGAUCAAUACAGUGUAUGUUGGCGGGUCACUCAGCCCCAAUGUUUUGAACUGGCAGACACUCAAGUAUGCAGUACAGGGUGACGUGUUUAUCAGGUCCCAGCUAUGGCCCUGACCUACUGUUGUGAGUCACGAGACACCUCCUGGGAUUACAUUCUCUCCCUUGUCUCCGGUUAUAGACCUUUUAACACCAACAGAUGCUGCAGCUCUAGUCUGUGAAUAUGGCCCUUCCACCUCCCUGCUCUGCCUUCCUCGGCACCAGGGCAUGACAUUGAAGUGUAUGGCAUUAGUUUGUGCAUCACACUGGGAAUCUUUAUCAAAGAGAAUCGGAAAGUUGCAUGUUUUUGUUUUUGAUUUUUUUGAGACAGGGCUUCUCUGGGUAACAGCCCCGCUGUCAUGGACCUUGCUCUGUAGACCACGCUGGCCUUGAACUCAUUGAGAUCCACCUGCCUCUGCCUCCCAAGUAAUGGGAUUAAAGGUCUGUGCCACAUCACCUGACUUUUAUAAUAUAUAUUUUUAAUUGAAAGAAUUUUAAACAAUCACUCACUCUCACAUAGAUGAGAAAACAGACAUACAAAAAGAAGAGUGAAUUUUUUUAUUUAAAUUUUUUGUUUAAAGAAUUUUACACAUGAAUGCUGUAUUUACUUCAUUUCUACCUAUCCCUCUCCAAAUCCUCCUGUGUUUGAUCUCUUAUUUAUUAGUUUUAUAUGCAUACACAUAAAUACAUACAAUAUGUACCAUCUGUCUGUCUGUCUAUCAAUCAUCUAUCUAUCUAUCUAUCUAUCUAUCUAUCUAUCUAUCUAUCUUCCAUUUAGCAUUGCAUGGAUCUUGUUGAGGGUUGACCACCUGGGACUGGAUAACCUAUGGGUCGGGCGGCACACCCCUGAAGAAAACUGAUGCUCCUUUUCUCAGCAGCCAUUGGUCGCCUGUGGCUUUCAUACAGAGGUGGGACUUGGUGAAAUUUCUUCUAUCUGUGUUGCAUGUAAACUAGUGUUGCCAUUAUGAAGGUCUUGUUUUGGCAACCCAGAAAGAUGGAACACUGUCUGCACUGUGCUCAGAGUCAGUUCUUUUCUGAAAUAAAAUCUGUAUCUGAACUUCCCACGAGUCAAUAAAGCCACUAUGGUUUAAAUAAA